AUGAGAGUUAUUGGAGCGGUCGUGCCUGUCUUGUCAUUAGUUUACGGACGACAGAGCUACAGCGAGUCAUGCUUCUUACCGAUUGACUUGAUGAUCUUGCAGGAUACAACUGGAUCAUUCGAUGAUGAUCUUCCGAAUGUGUCAAAGAACAUUCCUGUGAUUGUUGAGAAAGUGUUAGAGCAGAACCCGGGAUCCUGGUUCGGCGCGGCAGAGUUCAAGGACAAGCCAUACAGGGACCUUGGUGAACCAGACGACUUUUGUUACCGCAUCUCUUCGAAGAUGACGCCUGAGGUUGAAGAAUUCCAGAAGGCUUACGAUACGCUUUACGCUAGCGGUGGUG